AUGUCGUCGUCUUCCUCCAUGAACAAAUACUGGAUCCCGCACCUGGACAUCCACAAGAAGGUCAUCACCCAGGAGCUGCAGUACUACCUCGGACCGGAGGCAACAGUGCGGUCCUUUACUCGCGAUCCCUUCCAUCAGGAGCAAAUAGACGAUAUAUGUGUCAAGUCCAAAGAGAUGUGGGAAAAACAAGCCGCGGCUAGGGCAUCCGGGACCGCGAACAAAGUCCUUAAACGGCCACUCCACCAGCCCGUGGUCAUGUCGAAAGCCGGCACGGGCGAUUCGACGAGGCGGAGGAGAGAGAGCCGAAGGAGUACCGAGUCCAGAAGCCGACGUGACGAGAGACGGAGAAACUAA